AUGGAAGUUAAAAGUGCCUAUAUUGUGGGCUUAAAAGUUUACUAUGCAUUUCAGAUUUGGAAACCUCUAGAGGUUUGUCACAGAAGCCACAAGUUGUCACAGAAACUACAAAGAAGACAUAACCUCUUCGACUUUCAAGAAGACUAUGAAGAGAAGAGGAACAGGGGAAAAGCUGAGGAGCUCGACCUUGUGAGCAAAAACUUCCUUGUCCUGCCCUUUCCACACCUAAGGAUGGAGAAGGUGUCAGCAGCCCUGCCGAAAAUGCAGCCGGAGCUCAUCUGUCUUGUCUGCCUGGACUACCUCAAUGAUCCCGUCACCAUCGACUAUGGCCACAACUUAUGUGACGCCUGCAUCCGCAUGUCAUGGAAGGACCUGCAGGACACAUUCCCUUGUCCCGUGUGCCGGCAGGCCCGCCAGCAGAUGCGCAUCAGUGCCAACGCCCAGCUGGGCAGGCUGGUGGACCUGGCCAAGCUCCUGCACAGAUCUGAGAGCAGCGAGAUGGCGCGGGCAGAGGCGGGCAGGUGUGAGGAGCACAGGCAGGGAGUGAGCCUCUUCUGCGAGGAUGACCAGGAGCUGGGCCACCAGGUCAGGUCCGUGGCCGAGGCAGCGGCUCAUCACAGACAGAGGCUUGGUGAGUGCAUCGAGUCCCUGAAGAAGCAGCUGGUAGAGGUGCAGAAGCGAGAAGUCGCCCAGGACACAAACCUCCUGCAGCUGAGAGCAGACAUGGAAAAGCACAGGAGUCAGCUGGCCUCGGAAUUUGAGCAGCUCACCCAGUUUGUGGAGCGUGAGCACGAGACUGCGCUCUGCAGGCUGGCAGAAGAGGACAAACGCCUGCAGCAGCAGCUUAGGGACAACCUGGAGGCCUACUCGGACCACAUCUGGGAGCUGGAAGACCUCAGACGGGAGGUGGCGGAGCGGAGCGUGAUGUCCAAGGAGAUGGUGCUGAGGGGGGUGAGGGGACUGCAGCAGCGCUGGGCAGGCCUGCAGCUCCCAGCCGUGCAGCCCCUUUGCUUCAGGCCGGUGGCCUACAGCCUCCCUCCUCUGUGCUCGGCGCUCAGCAUCAUCCGGAGAUUCCGAGAGCGCAUCAGUCUGGAUCGCGACACGGCCCACCCCAGCCUGUGCGGGUCCCAGGACCUCCAGUGGGUGACCUGCGUGAGGAAGAGGUUCAAAGGAUAUGGGGACCCCGAAUCCUGUGAUGACACCGCCCAGCUGGUGGUCCUGGGCCUGGAGGGCUUUGCCUCUGGUCGACACUACUGGGAGGUGCAGAUGGGGGCCAAGCCAGAGUGGGCCGUGGGCGUGUGCAGUGUUGCUCAUUUGGCCCAGAACUCGCGGUCCCUGGCGGCUCCCAAGAGAUGUUGGACGCUGCAGCUGCAGGAUGGCGACCACCAGGCAGUGGCCGCGGGGGCCAUGCCUCUGGCUCUCAGGGACCACUCCGCGGCCAUCGGCGUUUACCUGAACUGGGAGCUGGGCCAGCUUUCCUUCUACAUCGCCAACGACAGGUCUCAACUGCACUCGUUCACCGAGCCCUUUGCUCAAGAGCUCAAGCCCUACUUCCGCUAG